AACCGAACGCAGCCAGUUGAGAAUGGCCGGCCGGAAGCUGCGCAUCCUCUGCCUACAUGGCUGGCGCACGAGCAACAAGGUGCUGCAGGUGCAGAUGGUCGGGCUCCAGCAAGCGCUUGGCGGCAAGGACGGCGUCGAGUUUGUGAGCCUGAACGCGCCGCACCGCGCGUCCGGGCCUGCGCACGCUGAAGUCGAGCUCUUCUUUGGCAAGAACGGACCAUACUACGAGUGGUGGGACCAUAUCGAGACGCCCGCAACCGAGACGACGCCCAAGCGCAGCGACUACGUCGGCCUCUCGCGGUCGCUGGACUUUCUACUUGGUCAAGUCGACGCGCUCGGUCCCUUUGACGCGGUCCUCGGCUUCUCGCAGGGCACGGCCAUGACCACGAUCUUGACGGCGCACUACCUCAGCCGCGGCACGCCCAUGCCGUACAAGGCCGUCUUGCUCUUCUGCGGCCUCUUGCCGCGCGACGGCAUGCCCGCGUCGCUACGCUCUGGCAGCUCGUACCACUUGGACAUCCCGUCGAUCCACGUGCUGGGCGAGACAGACGCGAUCUUCUCGUGGUCCAAGAAGCUCGUGGGCGCCUACGAGAGCUCGCGUCGGACGAUGUUCAUCCACCCGGAUGGCCACAAGUUCCCGACGCUGCCCGCGGCCAAGCCCAUGUACAAAGAGAUCGCUGCCACGCUGCGCGAGAUCUGCGGCUAAGUCGUGCGAAGUGUGAUCUACUACUACCGGUACUGUCGUCCAUGGGACUUGGGGGUAUUACAUUGUAGUGCCUCGUAUGGCGGUAGCUGCCGGUCCAGUUGCGGCGGGUGCUUGGCCAGAAGAAGGCUGAUUUUUUAAGGAAUAAAAAUGCAAAUAAAUUGAGUUUGAGUUUGAGGGCGGAA